AUGGAGCCGGAGAGUCCCGCGAGCGCACACGCGCAGGCGACGACGGGUGAGGCAUUGCUCGAGCCAGAGGCGGCGAGUAAUGGCGCGCUGCUGCAGGCGGAAGCAGAAGGCGCGUUGCUGCUCUCCGGGUUGACCGUCGGAAUUGUGGUUCUGGUUGCCUUCUUGCUGACUGGCCGCCGCUCCAGGCCACCGCUGCGGAUGCCGCGGAUUCGCAGCAAAAAGGUUGCCUCUAGCGAGCACGCUCCCCUGUGCAUCCUCACCCUGGACGGCGGAGGCAUGAAGGGGCUUGUGCUGGCCACGCUGCUGGAGGCGAUAGAGGAGCGGACGGGCAUACCAAUCGGCGGUCUCUUUGACCUGGUGGUGGGCACGAGCACGGGCGGCGUGGCCGCAAUACAUGUGGCAUUCGCCUCUGCCCUAGGGGAGGGUUGCAGGGAUUACCGUGCCAGCCUCGAGCGCGUGAGGAAGGUGCUUGAGCAGCGGAGCAAAACAAACCUGCUGGUGACGGGGCACGAGUGCACGAGUGCCGCCGCUCGCCAGGUCGCUCAGUCGUGCGCACCCGCCAGGCGACAUGGGGCCGACCCCGCUCCGCGACCUGCGCCACCUUGCGAGCCCCGCACCGCGACGCCUCCGCACGUAGCGGUCGUGACCGCGUUCCACGAGGGUGGAGGGUGGCAGCCCUUCUUGGUGCGCAACUAUGAGCUCCCCUAUUCCAGUGGCGAGACGUCCGCUCCGAGAAGCCCUCGCUCCUACGCCAAUCCCGGAGCGAUCGACGGGGAGUCGGACUGGCCUAUCGAGGAUCUUGUCCUCGCCACGACAGCGGCGCCGGGCCUCUUCCCUCCCGUCGAGCGAGGAGGGAAGGUGUUUGUGGAUGGCGCUGUGGUAGCGAACAACCCGACGAAGCUCGCUAUCCGCGAGGCGCGACGCCGCUGGCCUGGCCGGCGGAUCGGCAUCAUCGUGAGCCUUGGGACGGGGCAGAUGCGUCAGGCACAGGCGCCGAUUGCGAGGACGUCGAGCCCAGCCUCGUACUGGAUUCCGGCCAUGCUCGACAUGGCCUUCGACAGCAACCGCACGCACGCCGAUGUGCACGACACACUCCUGCCAGCGAUAGCCAACGAGUGCGGCCACCCUUUCUACUUUCGGAUCCAGCCCACGAUUGAAGACGCUACGAUGGUGACGACGAUCCCGAGGAAGCUCGCCGCGCUGCAGCAGCAGACGCGCACGUUUGCCAAGUCGAUGUCGCACGACCUCGACAAGAUCGCCGCGUAUCUCCUCCUCGCCGCGGCGAGGCCGGCCUUCCUCCCCACCCCUGCUGGGGCGGCCGAGGCGGAGCGCUUGUGCGGCGACCAUUGCUGCCACUGGGAGACGCUGAAGGGCUUGGCGGCGCUGCGCGCGAGGUGCUCGGCCACGCCCCCGGGCUGA